UAAAAAAUUGUGGGAUUCCUCUAUAAAAGCGGCCUCAUCGAUAGACGCGCUCUCCCACUCCAUUAUCAGAUCCCCUUAGGUCUUUCUGCUUCAUCAUCGUCUAUUUCUCUUCUUCUUUUUCUUUGUGUGUUCUUCUUCUUUUUGGGGGGUAAAACAGCCAUUGAAUUGAAGCUCAGUGGACUCUUUUUAUCCAUACCCUUCUUAUAAACUUAGGAAUUUGUUGGAUUUUCGGCUCUUUCUUUAGAGAUCAAUAGUGUUGCAGUCAGAGCAGAUCCAUGGCCUUUGAGCAAUAUUAUGCUCACGAAUGGAAGACGAUCCCCAGUGAUUCAACAUCCGAGAACUUCAAUGGUAGCUUCGACUGCAAUAUCUGUUUGGACUUUGCGCAUGAACCUAUCGUCACUCUCUGCGGGCACCUCUACUGCUGGCCCUGCAUCUAUAAGUGGCUGCACGUCCAGAGUGCCUCACUUGCCCCAGAUGAGCACCCACAGUGCCCAGUUUGCAAAGCUGAUAUAUCCCACACCACCAUGGUUCCCCUUUACGGUCGAGGCCAAUCCGAAUCUGAGCUCCAAGGCAAGCAGACACUUUAUAGAGGCAUGGUGAUUCCCCCUAGACCUCCAGCUUGUGGCAACAAAGCUCUUUUAUCAACUGCAUCCCCCAACAGUCAGCAACUUCCUUAUCGAAAUCCUUACCAAAACGAAAGCUACAACCGUCAUGCUCACAACGAAGAGGGUUCAUCCGUACCGCCAUUGCUUAACCUGGGAGGCACCGCGGUGACCGGAUUCCAUCAUCCGGUAGUGGGGAUGUUUGGGGAAAUGGUAUAUGCAAGGGUAUUUGGGAAUUCAGAAAGCUUAUACACUUACCCAAACUCGUAUCACCUGACGGGAAGUAGUAGCCCCAGGUUGAGAAGGCAUGAGAUGCAGGCUGACAGGUCACUAAAUAGAAUCUCCAUUUUCCUAUUUUGUUGUUUCCUUUUGUGCCUUAUCGUAUUUUGAGUUUUUCUUUGUAUUCUUGUAAAAAAAAAAAGCAUAACCAGGAUGUAAUACCUAUGCUAUAUAGCCUUGUAGGUAGGUGAGAAUGAGACAUCAUAUAUACAUAUAAUAUUAGAUUUUAUCUGAAAUUGAUCUGCCAUCUUCGUCCAGUCUGUAUUCAUAACCUCCAUAAACCAUGCUUGGAAGACAUUUAUAGUGUAACUGUACUGCAAUAGAGAACGAGAUCCAAAAGUUACUACUAUUUCCUCCAA